UGCCGUGGGUGAAUAUAGUGACAAUGCCAUUCAGGGCGGUGUGUAGGCAGGCAGGGGACCCGACGGUGUAAUGUGGUCGGAGGGAGGGUUGAUCUGUCGACUAAGAACCAUUCGAGCGAUUUGGAACUUUAAACAGUUGUUAUGAAUGCGGUCGGACAGGCGAGCGUGACGGCGGUGUGACUUCAAGAGACGUCUUCACAGAAGAAGUUGUGCGCACACAGCGAGCUGCAGAAAAUAUACAUUUAGCAAUAAGGUUGUCACUGUCCCGUACGAGACGAUGUUUCUUUUUGCGCUCUGCCUAUACCUCGGGAAGUUGUUGUCGUCCGGUGUCAGCUUGGAGUUCCGUUAUCACAACACCGUGGAGGUGGAGAGAUACCUGCGGGACGUUAACAACACCUUCGACUUCACACACCUGCACAGUAUUGGGAAGUCUGUUGAAGGGAGAGACCUCUGGGUGCUCAUUCUGGGAAAGAAUCCGGCUGAGCACCGGAUGGGAAUUCCUGAAUUCAAAUAUGUUGGGAAUAUGCAUGGAAAUGAGGUGGUGGGCAGAGUUCUCCUGCUCCAGCUGAUCGAUCACCUGACCCGUGGUUACCUUAGCGACCCGCUGGUGACCCACCUCCUGAACAGCACCCGCGUCCACAUCCUGGUUUCCAUGAACCCAGACGGCUUCGAGUCCUCCAGCAGAGACUGCAUGUACUCCCAGGGGAGGUUCAAUAAGAACGGCAUCGAUCUGAACAGGAACUUCCCAGAUGCCUUCUCUAAGAAGGAGAGUGGAAUGAGAGAGAUGGAGGUGAGAGCCAUUAUGGACUGGCUGAAGACUGAGAGCUUCGUCCUGUCGGCCAACCUGCACGGUGGGGCUGUGGUGGCCAGCUACCCCUACGACAACAGCAAUGGAGGUAGUGAGCUGCAGAGUGGAUCCAGUGUUGCCCCCGACAACGACGUGUUGAUCCAGCUGGCUAAGACCUACUCCUACACCCACAGCCAGAUGCACAAGGGAGACCACUGUUACGACUCCAAGGACUUUAAGGAGGGCAUCACCAACGGUUACUACUGGUACCCUCUACCAGGAGGGAUGCAGGACUAUAACUACGUGUGGGGCCAGUGUCUAGAGAUCACCUUGGAGCUGUCCUGUUGUAAAUACCCUCCAGAGAGUGAUCUGCCUGGGCUCUGGGACGCCAACCGGGCCGCGCUGCUGGCAUACAUGCAACAGGUCCAUCUGGGUGUGAAAGGGCAGGUGUUGGACGCGGAGGGAAACCCAUUACAGAAUGCUCUGGUGGAGGUGGAGGGGAGACAGAACCUCUGUCCCUUCAGAACCGACCGCCAUGGAGAAUACUACAGACUGCUGCUGCCAGGCAACUACACCUUUAGGGUGACGUUCCCGGGCCACCAGGUGUUGACGGAGACGUUGACGGUCCCGUACGGUCCCGACUCAUUCUCGGCCCUCGUCCACAACUUCCAGCUGCAGAGGUCCGCAGCCGCCACCCCUGGCCCCAGCCGCCCCACCCAGUCCUGCACCCCACCCCAGGUCUGGAGGCCCCUGGGUGGCCACUCUCCCAGCCUGGGCCCCUCAGGCGUCACCAUCCUCCUGGUUCUCCUGGUUCUCCGGGAUACCAUGUUACUGUGACCGAGAGACGGGUCACGACCCAAAUGGAACCUGUUUCCUGUGUAGUGUAGGACUCUGGUUGAAAAUAGUACACUAUAUAGGGGAUAGGAUGCCAUUUGGGACGUAUCCAUGGAGACGGACAGACAGACUGACUGAGAUGGGAUCUCCCAGUCCAGAGACAUUCUCUUUUUUUUUCUCAGUAUUUUUGUACAAACAAAGAAAAUCCUAUAUAUAUUUUGUUGUAACACUUUGCUCUACCGCACAAACACGGGAGCCAUUUUGUUUUUUAAAUUGUAUGUUUUGUAUUGAUGCUUUUUUAGUUUAAAAAGAAAUAUUGUGCUGAAAGAAAGCAAUCUGCCAUGCCAGCAAUCUGCCAGCCAGCAAUCUGCCAGCCAGCAAUCUGCCAGCCAGCAAUCUGCCAGCCAGCAAUCUGCCAGCCAGCAAUCUGCCAGCCAGCAAUCUGCCAUGCCAGCAAUCUGCCAGCCAGCAAUCUGCCAGCCAGCAAUCUGCCAGCCAGCAAUCUGCCAUGCCAGCAAUCUGCCAGCCAGCAAUCUGCCAGCCAGCAAUCUGCCAUGCCAGCAAUCUGCCAGCCAGCAAUCUGCCAGCCAGCAAUCUGCCAGCCAGCAAUCUGCCAGCCAGCAAUCUGCCAGCCAGCAAUCUGCCAGCCAGCAAUCUGCCAGCCAGCAAUCUGCCAGCCAGCAAUCUGCCAGCCAGCAAUCUGCCAGCCAGCAAUCUGCCAUGCCAGCAAUCUGCCAGCCAGCAAUCUGCCAGCCAGCAAUCUGCCAUGCCAAGCUGAGAAGAAAAGAGAAUAAAGUCAAGGGGUAAGGGAGGGAGGGGUUUUGAG